CGCGGGUCAUGGGCCGCGGCUCGGGCGCGCGCAGCUACGGCUACGGCGCCAACACGUCGGGCAACAUCGACACGAACACUAGCAUCGUGCAACGCGUCAGCAAAGCCGAGACCAAGGACUUUAUCCCGCUCGAGGAGAUUGACACGCCGCCCGGGACGGCCGUCGUCACGGCGCCCAAGUCCGGCGUCCAUGUCUCGACGAGGUGCUAUCAUACGUAGGGCGCGCGCGUAUGUGUGUGUGUGGGGGGGGUGUGGGGGUGCGGCGGAGACGGCGUUCUGGAACGACAUGGGUUGGGUUGGGUGGGUUUGUGUAUGCGAUACCAGCGGCUUGGGCGGCUUACUUUUUACUUUGUUUGCAUUUUUCUUUUAAUUUUCGAUGCGUUGAGCACAUGCUACCUACUACCUACUACUACGGAAAAAGGGACGGCCUAAACAAGAAAGAGUUAUCUUUUCUCUUAAUAAACGAAUUCAUCUCGCACGCAGCUCUCGGUUUCUCCCCCCUUCCCUCUUACACACACACACACGCCCCCAACCAAUCAAGCACGCACGCAGUCUUACCCCCCUCUUACUCGCUCACGCAGGAAAAGGAGAAACCCAGAGCCAAACCCAAGCAAAAAGAAACAACACCCGCCCGCGCUACAGCCCCAGAAAUUGCAUCGCAGGUCGCAGAUCCCGAUCCAGGCAGCUAGCUGGUGGGCCGCACAGUAAGCAAGCAAGUAAUCAGGCAUGCAUGCAGGCGGAAAAGC